AUGGCUGGCGACGAAAUCACUCAGGCGCAGGCCGCCCACGGUUUCGACGCCGAGAAACAAAAUGUCGAGAACCUCGAGCACGUCCAGGACGCUGCCCCGAGCCCCAACGGCACCCAGUUCCCGCCCAUGGACCCGGCGCGGAGGGCCGCCGUCGAGAAGAGCCUGAAGCGCAAGCUCGACACGCGGUGCAGCCUCUUCGUCCUCAUCUACAUCAUGAACUACCUCGACCGGAACAACAUCGCCUCGGCCCGCCUCAAGGGCCUGCAGACGGACCUGCAGCUCGAUGACACCCAGUACGCGACGUGUCUCAGCAUUCUCUACGUGGGAUACAUUCUCAUGCAGGUCCCGUCCAACAUGUUUGUCAACCGCAUCCAGCGCCCGUCUCUCUACAUCGCCCUGGCCAUGCUGCUCUGGGGUCUCAUCUCGACGCUGUCGGGCAACGCCAAGACCUUUGCGCACAUGGUCACCAUCCGUUUCCUCCUGGGCUUCAUCGAGGCGGCUUUCCUGCCCGGAGCGCUGCUUAUCCUGUCGAAGUGGUAUACGCGCCGCGAGCUUACCACCCGCAACGCUGUCUUGUUUUGCGGCAACCUCAUCUCCAACGCCUUCUCGGCGCUUGUUGGUGCUGGUGUCUUGUCCAACAUGCAAGGCGUGCUGGGUCACGCCGCCUGGCGCUGGCUCUUCUGGAUUGAGGGUGCCGUGACCAUGACGGUUGCCAUCUCCGCGGCCUUCAUCCUGCCCGACCUGCCGCACAAUGCGCGUGGCUUCACCGAGGAGGAGAGGAUGGUCGCCCAACUGCGCAUGUACGAGGAUGUCGGCGAGGCCGAUAAGGACGACGAGAACCAGGGUGCUUUUGAUGGCCUGAUGAUGGCUGUUCGCGACCCCAAGAUCUACGUCAUGAUGUUCACUUUCACGGCCUACGUCGUGGGCCUGUCCUUCAACGCCUUCUUCCCGACGUUGACCGGAACUCUCGGCUUCGAAUACGUCCCGACUCUGCUCAUGAGCUCGCCGCCAUGGGUCUUCUCCUGCAUCAUUUCCGUCAUCAUCUCCUGGCACGCCGACCGAACGCAAGAAAAGUUCUGGCACAUCGUUGGCCCCAUCCUCAUGGGCAUCGUCGGCUUCGUCAUCAGCAUGGCAACCCUCAACGUCGCCGCCCGCUACCUUGCGCUCUUCCUGCAGGCCGGCUCGUACGCUGGCUUCAUCGUCUUCUACUCGUGGAUCAGCUCCUCGUUCCCGCGCCCGCCCGCCAAGCGUGCCGUCGCCAUUGCCAUGAUCAACGCCUUCAGCCAGCUCGGCAACGUCGCUGGGUCCUACGUCUGGGGCCUCAAGGACAACGGCUACCGCAAGAGCUACGGCAUCGUGCUGUCCAUGUUCGGCGUCACGAUCGCGGGCUGCUACCUCUUCAAGCUGAUGCUUGACAACCUGAACAAGAAGCUCGCGGAGAGUGAGAUGCAGGAAGUGGCGGAGCAGCGUGCCGACGGCGACAUCAUCGACAGCAACGACGAGUCGCUGCGGAUGCGCAAGGGCUUCCGCUACUUGGUCUAA